AGUGUCAAACCCACACAUUUCGAUAGUUAUCCUUUUCUCCUUCCACUUUAAUAAUUUUGCCAUUUACUGCUUUGAACAGUAAAAAUUAAACGAGAGAUAAGCGAAGGAAUACUGAAAAGAGUAGUGGUGCGUGGGUUGGGAGGGGGAGGGUAGAGAAGAAGAAUGAAAGCCAAGAAAAAAAAUUAAAUGGAAAGCUUAUAAAAAUCCCUAGAGACGAUGAUAGUGGAUAUGGAACGAUACAAAAAAUAUAGAUAAAAAAGGAAGCUAAAAGAUUUCCAAUUGGGCAAAUUAAUGGGGCGUAAGAAAGUAGAAAUCAAACGGAUCGAAGACAAGCACAGCAGGCAAGUGACGUUCUCUAAACGGAGGAAAGGACUCCUAAAGAAAGCCAAAGAACUCUCCAUUCUUUGCGAUGCCGAUGUCGCCGUUAUUGUAUUCUCCAACCGUGGCAGACUCUACGACUUCUCCAGCACUAACAG